AAACGUCCAACUCCUUUAUUUAAUUAUAUACAUAUCCUUGAUAUUGGAGCUAUUGAAAAAGCAACAGAUGUUUGGAUUAAGAAUUAUAGUGUUUUAAGUUCACAACAGUUUGAAACCUUUGAAACUUUGAAAAAGAUGAAAUGCUUCAGAAUCUUUAUUCAAUACGGAACAUACAAUUUCACCACGAGCAAAAAAUGCCAACAUGUUUAUGAGAAAUCAGCACGAGCGAAGGUAGAAUUUUUAUAUGACCUCUUAAAAUUAUUACCAAAUGUUUGUUAUGGACUCGCUCACCUGGAUGUUAAUAGAAUAAAGGUAUAUGGAGACAUGAAUAAGUUGAUCGAUGCGUUACCUGUUCACAAAUUGAUGAGUUUGGUGUUGGAUGAUUUGAUCAUUUCUGUGUUUUCCUUGCCUCUCUUUCACUAA